UCUUGAGAUAUGUUCAAGCGAUAAUGCCUCAAUAACCCCAUACACUAGUAUCUAAAGGGCUGCCACUUUCGGUCGUUUAUUUAACAGAAAAAUUAUUUACAACUGUUUUCAUCAAGGUUCAGUUGAAGUUAAAUAAAGAAAAUGGUAGUUGACACCAAGCUUUACGAUUUACUAGAGGUCUCACCAAAUGCAUCAAUUAACGAUAUAAAAAAGCAAUACAAAAAGCUGGCCAGACAGUUUCACCCUGAUAAAGCAGGUGCAGAAUUUGAAGAAAAAUUUAAAGAAAUAUCAGUUGCAUAUGAAGUUUUAAGUGAUCCAGAAAAGCGAGAAAUGUAUGAUAGAUAUGGUGAAAAAGGUCUUUCUGAAGGAGGAUUUGGAGGGGGUAUGGAAGAUAUUCUCAGCCAUAUAUUUGGACAUGGUGGGGGACAUGGUGGAUUUUUUGGUGGAAUGGGUGGAUUCGGUUCAUUUGGUAUGGGAGGUAGUUCAAGGCGAAGUCAAAAGCGAAAAGGAGAAGAUACAGUUCAUCCAUUAAAGGUUACAUUAGAAGAUCUAUACAAUGGAAAAUUGGUCAAUUUAAAGCUUAAGAAAAAAAUAAUUUGCACCUCUUGCAAAGGAACUGGUGGAAAAGGUAACGCUGUCCAAAGAUGUAGCUCCUGCAAUGGAAAUGGUAUCAAAGUAAGUUUUCAACAGUUAGCUCCAGGAAUGGUUCAGCAAAUUCAAAAAGUUUGCUCAGACUGCAAUGGCGAAGGAGAAGUUAUUGAUGCUAAAAACAGAUGUAAAAAAUGUCUCGGUAAAAAAGUAUGUGAUGAAACAAAAAUUUUAGAGGUACAAGUUGACAAAGGUAUGAAAGAUUCUCAGAAGAUUACAUUCCACAAUGAAGGAGACCAACAGCCUGGUAUUGAAAGUGGAGAUGUCAUAAUUGUUCUAAAGCAAGUUGAACAUCCGCGCUUUAAGAGAAAAGGCAAUGACUUAUACUUAAAAUUAACAAUUGGUUUAACUGAAGCACUAUGUGGGUUUGUUAUACCAAUUCAACAUUUAGACAAUCGUGAAUUACUUGUUACAAGCAGUGCUGGAAAGGUUAUUGAACCAGAUUCAACUCGUGUAUUGCUCAAUGAAGGCAUGCCUCAUUAUCGAAGCCCCUUUGAUAAAGGUCACAUGUUUGUAUCGUUUGACAUAAUAUUUCCACAAAAUAAUUACCUAGAAUUGGAAAAGUUAAAACUUCUCGAGAGUAUUCUUCCGCCACGAGCUAAAGUGGCUGACAUUGAUAUGACACGUGAAGACGUUCAAGAGGUUAUGCUCAGUAGUUAUGAUGCGUCAAUGGAUAAUGGUUCUUCCAACCAACGUGAAGCUUAUCAUCAAGAUGAUGAUGGUGACGAUGAUGGACAUGGUCCCCAUGGUCAAGGGAUGUCUUGUGCUCAACAAUAAUAUCGGCUAACAGUUUGUAAAUUUCGAAAAUGUUAAAAUAUUUGUCAAAUAUAUUUUGGACUUGUCAUGUUUUAA